AUGGAUCGGUUGACCACCGAAGACCGAACUUUUGGCUGUUAUUUGUUUUACGUGGCGCUCCAUGGGCUGCAGUUGCCACAGGAUGCUGCCCUCACUCUAAUUGGCCAGUACCUAGACCCUUACCACGCUUCAGUGGUAAUUGUUCAAUGCCAUUUUGGCGUUGAAUUUGCAAUGAAGUCGUUGGUAAGGGCGGUGUUGGUGAGCCGUGAGGCAGCCCGGCAGUCGCUCAGUGGGGUCAGGUUUUACCCUGGUAUGGGGUGUACGACCACCGGUAUUGUACCGCCGAUGGAGUUCGGCCACUCUUUCAACAUCUUCUCCCCAUGUUUCUCCCCAUGCAAGCGUACAACCCCGCCGUACACAUCCUUCGCCGCGGCCACGUGGCUGUUGUUAGGCGGUGACAAGUGUCGGUCUAUCGGCAAUUGUACCGCCCAAAUAAUCACCGCGUUCAUGGAGUUUCUGCGGGUCGCGGUGCGGGGCUCAGGCGUCCGUUUCGAGUGUGCGGUCAGUGGUGACAAUUCGUGUGCGGUGUUGUCGCUGAUGGCCACAUACGGAACGCGGAUGACCGAGUUUUGUCUCGCGGAGUUGUUGCUCGUGUGUUCAACCAAAUAUUGGUCUUACUAUGUCAAUUCCUUGAUGUUGGACACAUUGAGUCGGCUUGUGGACUUGGGGGAGGGAUUACAGACGGCCAACUUCCACAAUCGUUUGCUAGCGAGCGUUUAUGACGCGGGGUUGAUGCUGCGGUUCUUGGCGUUUGGUAAGUCGCGGCACCUGGACCACAACAGGGUUUGUGUUCUCUUCCCGUGUCGACAAUUAGCCCCCGGGAGCAGGCAGAAGAGUCGGCAGGACGAUGAUGGAUUCGCUUGGUAUGUUCCCUCACUGGCCGAAAAUUUCAACCGGCUAAUGCCGUCUAUAAUUUUCGGCCACGUACCAUUUGGUCCGUUCGUGAGGGUCAUACUGGCCGAAAUUUUUUCGUCGUUCACCGUCGAAUUGCUGUGUUGCCCAGCCGAAGAAGCAGCAGAAUGGUGGCUGACUACCGCUGCCAGACUGGUGAACGUCGAAUGUGGAAUGAGUGCACCUGCAUCAUCCGCUACGGCGUGUUCACCAUAAAUCGGCUGGUAACCAAGUACGGUCGGCGUAGUGUCGGUGCGUUGGGUAGUCUGACGGUAUCCGACACAGUGAGGUACGCAACCGUAGCUACGCAUUUGUACGCCUAAUGUGUACAGACUGGCUAUCCUGUACACAUUAGUGUCUCAGUGGGCUGACAUAGCAAACGUGCUUUAUCAUUUGGAGUGCCUCAUCAACCGGUAUGUGGAGGUCAUACCGGUUGUUUUGUUGAUGGCACAUUCUCAUCGACAGCUAUGCGACUGAAGGUUCGUGGCAGAGAUUGACCCUCGCUCUAGGAGGUCUUCCGUUGUUUUUAUUUUUUUUUAUAUCUCUUAUAUAAAAAAAAGUUCUUACUGUUUCAAAAACCAUUAUUAUUUGAGUAUUUCAAACUUGAAAAAAUGUUCUUAUAAAUGAUUUCAAAAAAAAUAAAAACAAUGUUGCACAGCCAAAGUUCUUCUUUUUAUGUGGCGAAAAUCUUAUUUCUUACUUAUGUCUGAGUUAUGGAGAAGUUUACAGUUGAACAGCGCGUAACAAUAGUGAAAACGCACUACAAGUUAGUUUUCAAUGAAAUUUCGACAAGUAGCCUAUUAACUUAAAAGUGUUUAAAGUUUAGAUGACUAGAGUACUACAACACUAUGUGAUGUACAAAUAUCCACUCCACUCCCCUCAACUAAAAUGUAAAUACUUACCAGUUACCUAUAAGUUAUAACCAAUACCUAAAUCAUAAAC